UGAAACACGCACGCACGCACACGCAGACACACGAGAGUUAUUAUAGCGGAAUAAAAAAUUAUGCCGCAUGCAUUUUUACCUUGAAUGACACAGGCAUGGGUAGCGCUGUCAUUUCCUGAAGAUUAUCAGCAGGUGUUUUUUCAUUAAUCUCUCCGUCAACAAUUUCACCAUGGCCUCUGCAACAGAGCAGCAGCAACAGACCACGCUGGAAUUUUACCAGGCGAUGGCUGACUUUAAAAAUAUGUUCCCGCAAAUGGACGACGAUGUGAUAGAGGCUGUGCUAAGAUCCAAUCAAGGAGCUGUGGAUACUACGAUCGAUCAAUUGCUCACCAUGAGUACUGACAAUGAGAAUGAAAAGAUCAGGAGUGAAUUAGAACAAAAGGAAGAACUGCCAAGCACCAUAAAAUCACCUAGGAAAGACUCUAGCAAAUCGUUAAAAACUAUACAUAAGUGGCAGCCACCAUUGUUGGGACCAUUGCCGGAUACGUUUCUAAGACUACCCCAGCAAAUGUCAGAUGAUGGUGUUGACUCAACAUACUCGCAAGAGAAUUCUAUGCUGGAAGAUGAGAGAAUUGCUAUGUUUCUGCAGAAUGAAGAAUUCAUGGCAGAACUUCGUUGGAACGAAGAUUUUCUAUCCACAUUGGAACAUGAUUCGAAGCUUGAAAAAUACGGUGGUCAAACUGGUCAUGAUGAUGAGGAUCUAUUUAAGGAAAGACUGAAAAAUAUGGGCAAAUUAUCUCGACGUAAAUUCGCACAACUUACAAAAGUAUUCACUCGCAGUAAGAAACGCGGUGGCAGGCAAUUAUUGCCACCGACAGCUUCCUGUGACGAUCUCUUGGAUCCAGAAGAGUCAUCCAAACCUCAAUCUUAAAGAAACAUCUGUACCUAUAAGUCUACAGGGAAUACUCUUGUCGUACUUUAUUGUGAAGACAGAGUAAACUUAAUGGCAUUCACAGCUUAAGUGUAAUUUAAAUGUCACAAAAACAAGCAUAUCCAGCAUGUCGUAAUUUGCAAGAUGAAAGAAAAUUAUGUUAGAGUACUACUGUAAGAUAUAAUUUAAUUAGUGAUGUUUUUAGUUCACAUGAUGGCUGAUGAGAUAAUUAGUUGAAUAGAGAUAAUGGAAUUGCUAGGCUGAGGAUCCAAAAGCGAAUUAGUGAGGACUUAUUUAAAAAAAUGAAUAUCAAGAAAGUUUCAAACAAUACAAAAUUAUCAAAACAUCCAUAUUUCUCGUUAAAUAUGCAGUUAUACAAUUGAAUGUGUAUAUAUAUACGUAGAGGAAUAGCAUACAUUAAUUUUAAUGUAUUUCCUAAUAUAUAAGGAUAUAGAUCUGUUUUAAUUCUGAUAAAUUCAAUGUGAUAUUUUAUUGCGAUAUUGUGACGCAAAUUUUACUUUAAUAGAUUUUAUAUUUUGUUGUGAUUUUAUACAUGUUGCUUGCGGUUACCUGUAUUAUUGUGUCUUAAUCGUGCGUAAUUGUCUAAAAAUCGACAUGAGAAAGUUUCGAAAAUGUAUCGAAUGAUAAUCUUUAAAAAAUUAUUGCUAAUAUUGGGCAAAUAUUUAACUUUAUUUAAAAGUGAUAGCUACCGUUUUGAAUGGCGUUUUAAAUGAUAAUUAAGAAAUCAGAUUCUUAUUGUAUACAAAGUACGCAAUGCGAUUGCUUUUUAACAUGUGCAGCUACGAAAAAUAGUUGAUUAUUUUGUGUAUAUAUAUGUCUAUAUUUAUCGCCAAUAGUGCGUUAAUGUUAUUAUAGACAGAAUAGUUCGUUAAAAAUUUAGAAAAUGCAAUGUCGAAAUUCAGAUAAAGAUGAUUUCUUUGAAAAAUCCAGUUGUCAGGAAUGAAGAAAUCUGAAUGAAAUCUGAUGCGGUAUUGAUACAUUAAAAAGUAGUGAAUGAAGGCUUCUUAUAUUUUCAAAAAUUUAUAUUAUACAUCACAUUUUCAGAAAUUUCUAUUACUAUAUAUAAUUUAUUAAAUAGUAGAGUUACUCUACUAUUAUACUAUACAAUUUACUAUACAAUUUAACGAUAGUGUUUUUGCAGAAAUUAUACACGCAUGUGCGCAUACAUACACACAUACCACAUACAUGUACACAUACUAUUGUGGUGAGUAAUUAUUCAUGAAUUUGAUUGAAUUUAAAUUAAAGAAUACUUACAAAUGCCUUUAUUCACUUACUCUUUCGAUUCUAUUUGCCAUUGCAAAUAGCAAUUGUACUUUUUUUUUAGCAUAAUAAAUCCUAGUCGCUCA